AUGUCAAAAAUUUCGGGCUUAUGGCGGCUCAUCUUGCCGCCGCUGUUCCUAGGAAGCAGCAGCCUGGCCCAGUCAUGCCUCGAGGCGCUCAACAAUAAUCAGGUCGACGCAUGUGUGUGCUACUCCCUAGAAUACGUCGUCAGUUACGUCGCCUACAUUGCUGUUUCUACAUCAUACACGUCAAAUUGCGAGGCUCUGCCCACGAUCUCAGCCACCACAUCCGCCACGCCUCAGAUUCUAGAGAGUAACCCUGUAGGUGGCAACUAUUCAGGGUACGUGACAGUCAGCAAUGGAGUUUACACAGGAACAGACAUCUUGGCCGGUCCCACUACGAGAGCAGUUCUGGGACUCGAUGGAUCAGGGACAUUGGUAGUGGAGGAUCCGCCUUCGUAUACAACAGUUUCACGAGGCGGUACGGCAACAGUCAGCCCUGGAUCACUUCCGAACUCUGUCAACUCAACAAGCUUUCUGACUACGAAUCCCAUCACGGCACCACGAACCAUUCUCGUCGCCAACCCCACGCCGGGAGCUUCCACAGCUUCUCAAGGAACUGUAGUCGUUGCAGUGCCUGAUCCAAGAUUAUACAACACGAGUACACUCGCUUACACUGGGUCCGAUCCCCUAGACGCAACUCGUACGACCAUUUCAACUAUUGCAGAGUCUGGCUUUAUUCCUGGCACCUACGUUGUCGCUGUCGCCACGACGGCAGUACCAGAUGUGUCCUACGAUGUUUCUACGGUUGCGUACACUGGAACAGCCGUUAUUUCAGGCCCAACCGUAGUGUCAGUCAUCCAACCCACGGACGGGAGUGGUCGAGGAACUGUAGUGAUAGGAGUCCCGUCGACUGGAGUUCCCCCUCCUCAGGUGACGUCGAUAGUUCCGUACGAGGGCAUGAGUUCAAUUACAGGAUCGACGACGAUUCUCAACAGGCCCUUCGAUGGCACUGUGCCGGGAACCGUCAUAGUCGGACUGCCACCAGCAUCUUUUAUCACCCAGACUGUGCUCUUCACGGGCAGGGAAGUCCUUACGGCCCCAAUCACUAUCACGAUAGCACCACCAAGCGGCUCUCAACGUGGUACCGUUGUCAUCGGAAGUCCAUCAGCCACGUUCCUGGCAAGCUUCGUUCCUUUUACAGGGUCUACCCAGGAGAAACUAUCGGUGAUCCAGCCUACAGGCACAUCUCCGGGAGUUGUAAUCAUCGGGCAGCCCGAAGGUUCCAAUCCAGAUGUCGAAGAUCCCACGUCUGCCGCCUCGGCGCCUCAAGUAACGCCGACCCAAUUUGUUACGUCGAUUGUGACCUACACUCCGGCCUCAGAUGCUCCGAACACACCAUCGACCUUGGCUGUCACAGAUGGUACGGUUAUCAUCGGGUUGCCUCGCAUCGUCUCCCCAGCUGCGACUGGCUCGGACUCUUUUAUCACUUCGGCAAGAAGAGGGCCCUUUGUCACCUCUACUGUUGACUUCACUCAAGGCGUGGACUUGCCGACAACUGUUGAUCCUGUGGGAACCGUACCUGGAACGGUCUUUGUUUAUGCCUCAUUGAGAGGUGGAAAUUCGGCAAGUCCGUUCGUUACUUCCGAGGUCGUGCUGCUUGGAACAGCGGCUGGCUCAGCGCCUACGACCAUCUCCGUUGUUCAGCCAGCCAAUGGACUGCCUGGAACCUUGAUCAUUGGCAGACCAGCCAUAUUUGUGACUUCGACUGUCUCUUGGACAGGGUCGGUUCCUUUGGCAUCUAGGACAACACUUGCAGUCGUGGUCCCCUCAGGAAAUAGCCCCGGCACGGUCUUCGUUGCGGAUCCCGCGGUUUUGGGAAGACAAUUCUCAACGUCCUACGUUCGAAUCUCUGGUACCCAGGAAGAGGGCGCUGCAACAACGUCAACUCUGAUACCAGGCCAGGGCACUUCGCAGCCAAUUAUCGUCGAUGGAGUUCCUGAUGACUCCGUAACUUCUACAAUUGACUUCAGCAGCGCAGAUAUACUUACGACAAGAACCACACUUUCGACUUUGCCGCCGAACGGACUGGCACCAGGCUUCAUUAUUGUAGCUGACCCACCAACCUUAGUGUCUACAGUAACCCCCGAGGUAACAAAUGGGGCUUCUGUUGUCCUUCAGCCCGACUUUGUCACCUCAACAGUCUUGUAUGAGGGCUCGACUACAUCUGUUCUGACCAGUGUCCAGCCUUCAGAAACCAACAGGGGUACAAUCGUGCUUGCAGUACCCUCGGUGGCCUCGUCAUCAAGGCCUGGCGAAAGCCAAGUGUCGAAAGUGAACGAUCCAAGCGUGGCUCUGGCCUCAUUCGUUACUUCGACGGCUGUCAGUCUUGAUAGCUAUUCUGUUACAUCAAGAACUACAAUCUCGACAAUUACUCCUGAUGUUGAGGCCUCUAUACCUGGAACGUACGUUGUGGCCUUGCCCAACGCCUACAUUACCUCGACUGUGCCGUGGACUGGAGCAAUACUCUUGUCAACCUCGACUACGCUCUCGACCAUGCCACCUUCCGACUCUCAGCCGGGCAUUGUCGUCGUGGCUGCUCCGAAUGCGAUAGACUCAUCUACAUCUCAGCCAGUGAGUAGCGAUACAGCCCCGCAGCCGGUUUCUACAAGCAAUGCUGCCCCAGGAGACUCAGCUACGCCGCUUCCUGCCACCCAGCUAUCAGCCCAGACGCUUUUUGCAACCUCGACAGUACUUUUGGCGAGCAAUCUUAGCAUCUCAUCAGCAACCACUUUGACUACACUUCAAGGAGACCCGGGUUCACCAUCCACAGUACUGAUUAGCGUUCCUGUUGCCACCGAGACCUCCAUCGCGAAAGAGACACUGGGAGCCACUUCGAAUGGAUCUAGGCCACCUAGUGACUUGGAAUUUGGAACCCCAUCAACUCCUGCAGGCAAUCUCAUCUCGACAGCCACGCCCACUAACUCUUCACCAUUGACAACUGCUCUCGCCAACUCUGUAAUUGGUUCUGUCGUUACUUCAGACAUUUUCUACAGCGGAACCGACCCGCUCACCUCGCCAAUCCCGCUGACAACUCUCUCUGCUGGCCUAGGCAGUCUUUCGACCGUGAUACUGCUCCAACCAUCAUCGGCCGCUGGCUUAAUUAGCAACUCUGCAGGAGGUUCCGGCUCUAGGUCGCUGGAAGCUGUGUCGUCGUUGACGACCAAUAGCCCACCAAGCCCAACUACCGUUGUCCUUGUUCAGUCUGGAACGACAGUUUUGCUGCAGGCUUCUUUUGUCACAUCUACUUUAGAUGCGGGCAGUAAUUCCUCAGACGGCUCUCAAGGGCUUGCUCCUGUUUCUACGAUCCUACCGAGCGCUGGUGAACCAGGUACUGUUUUGCUAGGACGGCCACCAGCGAUAGCGUCAUCGACUACAAGCAAGAGCUCGUCGUCAGAAUUGAGCCCAGAAAACACGCCUUCCGCACAACUGUCAAGCUCAUUAGGUUCCUCCGCAGUUUCUACCAUACAGUCCCAGGUCUCAGACCCCCAAGACCUUACGAGGAGCUCGCAGACCGACUCAGGUCCAAUAAGCACCUCUUUGCAAAGCGACAUAGAUAGCAUAGCUUUCUCGACUGUUGCUAGCACGGCAGCCCCAGCAGACUCCAGCGCCACUAAUGCAGCUUCUUCUGGGCGCCUUUCCAAUCAAUCCCCCUUUGGCACAGUCCCAGACUCGGCGGUGACGAUUCCUGUUGCUACAGUCUUCGUCGACUACACGGGCACCGGACUUCCAAGGGAGUUUUUGACGCUUAGAACGACUUCAGGGACCGUCAUAGUUCAGAGACCUCGACCUCUUACAACUGUAGAAACAUACAUUCCUGGAAGCAUCUCCACUGAAUUUCUCACAAUCAUUCCAUCUGGCACCGAGCCUGUCACCAUAGUCUUCGGAAUUCCAUCACCGGCGGGCACAACACGUGUCCUGAUCUCUGGCCCAGAGGUUGUUAGCGUGGGAACGCCGUCAAGCACAACCUUGGUUGACACACACACCUCUGUGGAUCCCCAAAUAGCCGUUAGUAGCCCGACAAGCACAACGACAUCGGCAUCUCAACAAGAUGCUCCAAGUCUGCCUUAUUCCACGUCAACCGCCAUAUCUACUUCGAUGGAUCCAGUUUCCCAGAGCUCCUCCAAGCCUCCUCCUUCCGGAAGUACAACUUCCGUGGCCGUCGCUCCAGGUUUCCUCUCCCCAGGAACUGUCUUUACUUCGAGUUCAACUUCGACGUCCCCAGCCUUGGAAGCGACUUCGUCUGUGAGUCAGACUUCUGCAGGACUUACAACAGACUCGUCUAAUCGGAUUCCAACAACUUCUUCAUCCCUGUCUUCUGGCCCCGAUAAUAUUUCCUCGUCCGUUAAUCCUAGCAUAGACACUCUCGCACUGUCUGCAAUCAUUUCUCAAGUAUCCGGAACUUCGUCGAUCGUAGAUUCGGCCUCGAAUGUGCCCUCACCUACAGCGACUCAGUUACAGGAAUCCUCGUUGACUACAUCAACAACUUCGCCUUCCAUUAACACGUCAACAACAAACGCGGAUACCGCGCUUGCAUCGGACCCCAUUUCCGCUUCGAGUACCUCAUCUCCUGCUUCUGAUACCGUUCUUUCAAACCCGCUUGCUUCGCCCACACCCACAUCUCAAAGCACUGGAGCAGGAUCCAAUACCUUGAGUCCUGCUAGCUCAGAUGUCUCAAGUUCGGACUCAGCCUUAGGGGUUUCUGGACUGUCCGGCAUCUCAAUCUCAGACACGUCCGCCCAGUCCUCAUUGAGUUUGUUACUUCCGGUCACAGCUGAUUUCAGUCUGGUUAGCCCAACUUCCCCGACUGAAAUAUCAACAUCUGCAGAAUCAUCUCUUGGAUUAUCCGAGACUACUUCCUCCCAGGGGGCUUCAGUGUUAUCGACACCUGUUCCUGUUCUUGGAAGCACUUUUAGCACAGAAUCCCCGACAACUAGCACUCUCUCAGUAGCGCCGGCUGUACUUUCAACAGAAACUUUAUCCCUCUUUGAAUCUACUGCCACAACAACAAGCUCUCCUGGCUCAUCAGCAAGCUUUCUUGCAAACUCCCUAUCAGGCGGUGGUACGAGUAGUACCAAUGUACCCACUUCAGUGACAACCCCGGGCCAGUCAAGCGUACCUCCUUUCGCAUCUAUAUCUGACACCCUCUCUUCAUCUGGAAGCACAAGCUUGUCGUUUUCAGCCACCACGGAGACACCUAUUGACACGAGGAUCUCUUCAGCUGCUAUAGAAACCUCCUCGAUUAUCUUGCCCGCCGGCUCGAGUCCUUUGGCCUCCUCUGCUAUAGACAUUGAAAGUAACACGGCGGCUUUGUCUUCUUCUGCUUCUUCCAGCGUAGUAGAGUCACAGACCUCAACGUUGACGGAAAUUACAGCCGGCUCAUCGGCCAGCUCCGAGCUUUCAACUCAAUCUGAGUCUUCGAUCAGCUCCACCAGCACCGAACUUUCUACGCCUUCUGACCCAACGAUCUCAUCCUCGGCACUUCUCAACAUUCUAAGUACCCUGUCAUCGAGCGCAGUAUCACCUUCCACUAUUGGUCCUUCAUCCUCGGGCGUGUUCACCUCUGCUGAAGCAGAUCCGACAACCUCAACGAUUGACACCGUUUCUGCCGACUCAACAUUUCAGGACACGACCUUGACCUCAACCUCUGUAAUCUCACCUGGCUCUACCCUCUCCUCGUCCAAUUUAAGCAGGAUUUUAGACUCCAGUAGUCUUUCUGCUUCAGCCACACUAUCUGAACCUAGCUUGGUGAGCCCAACGGCAACCUUUGUGACAUCUGUGGUUGUAUUCACAGGGACUGAAUCCCUUACGGGCACCGGCCUGGUCCCUCUCACCACCAUUUAUCCAAGCAAUGGCGACGCACCGACUGUGAUAUUUGGUGCGGCUAGAAGACUCUUUGCUUCCGUUGCUGUGCCGUACUCUGGUACAGGGAUCAUUACUGGACCUCAGCAAGUGAGCAUCGUGCUGCCAAGCGGUUCAGACUCACUAGUGCUGGGGACGAUUGUCUACGCAACACCGGACCCUCUGGUCACGUCCGAGGUAGACUACACUGGAACAGGCACCCUCACUUCGCCUCUGCCAUUGACCACUAUCUACCAGUCCGGCACAGUCCCUGGAACCAUCGUUUUGGCGAGGCCGGCUAGCUUUGCUACAUUUGGAACCAGUUCUGCUGUCGUUUCCAGUGCUUCGAGCGAGUCGUCCUCCCCUGUUGUGUUAAGCACGACAUUGCAGUCUACGAGCUCGGUUGAAAGCAUUUCAUCACUGGAAACUAGCUCUUUUUCCACAUUCAUUUCUCCUCUAGGCUCUGCCUCGACUUUUGUUUCCCCUGAAAGCUCUUCGGGAUCGAGUGAUGAUUCCAAGCCUAUCGCCUCAAGCUUGCCUACUGUUCUAGCUGAAUCCAGCACAUUGAGCGAAUCACAGCGAGGAUCAAGCAGCCUCGUAGCGGUUUCCCCACCAACUUCAUCUGAUAGUUACAGCUCGAUGUUCGGCGAUCUGAGCUCUUCCACAAUCAUUUCGAGUUUUCCGGUUGGUUCUAUUUCAACCCCAGAGUUGCCAACUUUUACCGCAACAUCAACGGAUGACAGCCUCCCAACUAGCGUCAGCAUUGUUCCGGCGUUUCUAGGCACAUCUUCGAGCUUGACAGACGAUCCAGUUGUCUCGACUUUCACAAGCGAUAGUCUUGUUUUCUCAAGCCGGACACCAACAUCAACUGAUUUAGGAACCACUGCAGUCCAGGCAACUAUAUCGCAAUCAUCUGGAACAAGCAUUGGUGUGUCUUCUUCCAACACUGUUGAGUCGAGCGACUUGACAGCUUCGUCUCUCUUGGUAGCGUCUUCAGCUGCGUCCUCUUCUGAUUUCAGUUCAGCCACUGGAACUUCUUCUGUCGAUUUCACGGCUUCCAUCGAGUUUCCUUCGUCUGUGAAUAGCGGCUCUUCAUCCGAAGGUACCAUUCCAACGGUUUCCUUCAUCUCCGAUCAGACCUUGGUCUCUAGCUCAGCUCCACCAGCAUCUGCCUUCUACGACAGCGUUCAGAUACCCUUCACAGGCACUGAUCAGUUGCCUACUCCGAUCCCCAUCAGCACAGUGCCUCCGAGCGGAAGCGUCCGCGGAACUAUCGCUUACGCCGCUCAGUUCCUCACUUCAACAGUAUCAGGUACUGGUCAGUCUACAGUCACCCUCUUCACAAUCCAGCCUUCUGGAACACAGGCUGUUGGGUUGGUAGUCAUUGCAGUUCCUACCUUGCUAGUGUCGUCGACGGCGUCUUCUGUUCCAUCUGAUAAUGGAGGAACGUCUACCAGUGAGAUCAGCUCUGAUACAUCAGCGACUUCGUCCGCAACUUCGGUAAAUGCGGUAUCUUCCGUAGCUGAGUCGAACUCCAUCAGCUUGAGCGGAAGCACCAGCAGCACUGGAACUCUCGAACCAAGCACAAUUUUUGAGUCAAGUAGCGUGGCGACGACGUCCAGCGAAGUCGAAAGCACAAGCACCAUUAAUCCCGAAGCAAUAAGCACAGCCUUCGCUUCUCUGCUUACCACCACCGAUUCGAACUCCUUAAGUGACGUUGCUUCGACAUCUGAUAUUGGCAAUCUUCAGAGCAGCAGUACCUCCCUUGAGGCCCUUAGUACCGACACAAGCGCAGUGACUUCGAGGACCAUCGGGUCAGAAGCCAGCAGCUCCACUUCCAUCGAUGCGACCUCAACUGAAGCCAGCUUCUCGAUCUCUCCCACUGUCUCGAACCUGUUUAGUGAGUCGCUCAUCACGACAGCAAGAGCUGAAUCCAGCAACAGCACCCCAACGACUAGCAGCACAAGCGACUUUGAGGCAACUUCCACAGCGCUUGUUUCUCUGAUAUCUACCAUCGAUCUCAGCUCCACGUCUGGCUCGUCCAAUACAGCAGAUGUCACUACCUCAGCGUCCAGCGCCUCACUUACGGUAACCACCGGUUUGACCACAAACACUGAGAUUUCUUCGGCAGCUUCUUCCAGUCUUGUUUCGGAGACAGCCAGUAUUUCUCUUGAGAUUACCACCUCCACUAGUGACACUCCAAAUACAUCAGAGAGCUCGCUAAUAGAUGGUUCCUCUUCUCUCCUGUCGAUAGGCACUGGUACGAUUGCCUCCUUUUCUUCGGAUUCUACAAGCAGCGAUAUCACACCAGCUACUUCAAUUCCUUCCGAGACUUCCCAAUUCUCGACCACGUCAACAUCAGCGGAUGCUGCUUCUUACGUCACCUCGCAACUCAUUUAUACCGGCCCAUCUUCACUAUCUGAGCCUCUCCCAUUGAGCACUAUCCAGCCAACGAACGGAUCUCCAGGCACCGUUAUCUUGGCUAUUCCAGCAUCUUUCUAUGUCACUUCGACUUUGAUCUACACCGAAGGCGACUCCUACAUCAUUCCGUCUGCCAUUAGUACAGUUGCGCCUUCCGGAACGGCUAAAGGCACCGUCAUCUUCGCCGCUCGCUACGCAGUGGUUAGAGUUGCGUACUCGGGCACUUCAAUCAUCACGGAACCUAUCCCCAUCGCCACAUACCCGGGCAGCGGAACAGUCCUUGGUACCGUUGUCUAUGCUAAUCCUCCAUCAACCUCAGCAACAUCAGAGCCAUCUUCUGCUACCUCAACAUCUACAGACUCCCUUGACGCGUUCGAUCCUUCAGCCACCUCGACUUCGUCAACUUCUUCCGGCGUAGGGGUCCCUUCUACAUCGUCCAGUAGCUCACUCCUGUCUACUGUGUCUUCCUUGUUGGAGAGUUUUACCGGAUCGUCGACUUCUUCGAGUGACACAUUCACAGUAAACCCUGACACACUACUACUAAGUUCUACCCCUGUGUCGACGACAGAUGAGCCAGCAAUGACAAGCGGCUUAUCUUCUGAGAUUUCUUCAUCAACAUCAACAUCAUCAUUAUCAUCAAGUGAUUUCACAGGCCCCGUAGCUUCUUCAACUUCGUUCACAACUAGCUUAGAUGGUCAAGAGACAUCAUCUGCCAGUGCAUCAUCGGGCGAAGAGUCAAGCACUUUGAUCACUGAAUUCACCCCAACAUCAAUCCCUUCAUCAUCUCUGUUGUCUUCAAGCUCCUCGGAAACUAUUGGUCUCGAUACCUCGUCGCCUACCAGUACAUCUGGCAGUACUUUACCUGGCGUGGAAAGCAGCACAUCGGUCAUCUCAGAAAGCGACUCUGCUCUUCUCAGUCCAACAUCCUCAUUGGACUCAGAGUCUACAACGAGCAGUAAUUCACAAUCGCCAUCGGCUACGUCUACUCCUAGUCCAGCUACCACUAUCAUAUCGACAAGCGAUUCGGCAAAUGAAACCUUGACCAGCUCCUCGGCGGCAGUUUCCCAAUCCUUCCUCUAG